AGUGUCGUUGAAUUUUAAAAUUGCUGGAAGAGAAACGUUCCGAAUUUACUACGAAAGAAAAGCAAUUUUUAUACGAAGACAUGGUUGGAGGUUCAGUCAGUGGAAAAACAUUCAAGCCAGAUCCUUCUUCAUAUGAAGCCACAGGUAUCCCAUGUGGAAAUCCACAGCGGUAUAAGAAUCGGUCAGUUAUGCGAAUGGUACCAAAUAAAGAGGUUCCAUGUGAAAACCAACAACUUGGUUUACCAGGGAAGGGAACAAAGUCAGAGGCUGAGGAUCAUUUACAAGAAAUGUUAAAGACACAGCUCGAUACAAAUGUUACAUUUCACGGAGCUUCAAGAAAAAGAAAGGCAUUCACAGAGCCUAUCAUACACGAUACCUCUCAAGAGAAAGCAAGUGGUGUGAUGACAUUGAGUGACUACAACAAGUUUGAUACAUAUCAACAGAAAGAAGCAGAAUUCACUCAACUAGGUUUGACAGGUGAUGAAGUUAAAUUAAAGAUGGCAGACUAUGGUCUGUUGAGAAAGGAUUCCACACGAAGUAAUUAUGGGGUUAAUCCUGAAGUAGAGCACGACAGACGCAAAGCCAUUCAGGACAAGAUAAAAAGCAAAGAACAAAAACUUUCUCAAGAGAUCUCAUUCUCAAAUGUACGAAAAAUGAGUCGGCAUGCUAUGGAAGUAGAGAAAUCCUUGAACAGAGGAACAGAAAAGUCGAAUGCAUUUUCGCAUCUUCUUCAUUCCGAGCAAAAGUUUGAUCCUGCCCUUGACGAAGUUUUAAAGGAAUAUAAUGAAAAAAACAAUUCCAUGAAUUCCAAUGUUGAAAGAAAAACUCUCGGUGUCCAGGAGAACGUUAUUUGUCUUUCUGACCAACCCGAUGACGAACCAGAUGAUGAAUGUACAACCGAUUCCUGCAGUGAACGUAUUCUUCCUUUAGACGAGGAAGUUAUAAAGAGACAUCGGCUGACGUUGGAUGAUAUUCGCGCGAUUCCACGUUUUAAGGAUUAUCAGCCCGGUUCUCCAAAUGAGGUUUUAUACAUAAAGAACCUGAGCAAAAAGGUAUCAGAAGCUGACCUCCAUGCGCUGUUCAACAGAUAUGAAGAUGGUGUCCAAAAGUUUCAUAUUCGGUUCAUGACAGGACGCAUGAAAGGCCAAGCUUUUGUCACAUUUGGAGAUAAAGACGUUGCAAUUCAAGCAUUCAAUCUGGUUAAUGGAUACGAGCUAUAUGGAAGACCGAUUAUUAUUCAGUAUGGCAAAAAGUGCAAUAAAUCUGCAUAAAAAUACUCCACUGGAAUAUCUGCAUGUCAUCACUGACUGACAGCCCUCGAGGUCAAUAUAACCUACGUGACAUCGAGGUCAAUAUAACCUGCGUGACAUCGAACCGUACGAACGUAAAGUUCGUAUCGAGAGCAACAGGAUGGUAAUGCUUUACUAUGGUAUGUUAAUCAAAGUGACGUGUUUUCCCAUGCUGCCAGCCGUAUUUUUUACACCCAUCCUUUUGUGGCGUUUACGCUUUUGACAACCGACUUUUUGUGGCAUGACUGGCAUCCAACAUUUAUAUGUGACAUCCAACCUUACGUGACAUCCAACAUUCUAUGACAUCCACCUUAUGUCCCUUCCAACCUAGCUCGUGUGACAUUCAAUCUUAUGUCCCUUCCAACUUCGUAUGACAUCCAGUCAUAUGUUAUACUUCCAACCUAAUUACCUUAUGUUCCAUCCAAGCUUUUGUGACAUCCAACUUUACGUUCCAUUCUUCAACCUCAUGUGAGAUCCAACUUUACGUUCAAUUCAAGAACAUACCUGUGUGAUGAAGGACCAGGGGAUGUCGAGACGUGGCCGUGUCUUACACGAUUCUCAAGUGUGCACAAAUGUCAUAAGAUUUCGAAUUUGUAUCGCAUUGGUAUUGUAUUGCAGCCAAAAGAAUAAACUUGAAAGGCGUGAUGACUAAAGUUAAAUGCUAAUGUACGUGCGUGUGUAAUUGUGGUCUCUGAUUACCUUUUUAUGUGGGAAUAAAUAGCAGAUCGCUUUGUAUAUGUUUUUGUGCAACAUGAUAUAUCAAAUUAUCAAUAAGUCGUUUUUAUGAUUUUAAAGACUUGCAAAAAUGGUUUUAGUCAUCUGACGUGAUUUUUCAUUAACUCUGUCUCUGUAAUUGUAAAUG